UUCAGUUGAGAAAAACUUGUAUACAAUUUUAAAGUUACCACGGAUAACUUGACAAGUGGUGGGGUGGGAGUAUAUAAAUUGGGAAAAACAUGAAGGUUGGUGUUGGGAGUGUAUAUAAAUGGUCAUUUGUGGCUCUGUGUGCAAACCCUUAAGAGACAAAUAUAGAAAUGGAAGUUGAAAAAGGCUCCUCCGAUGUUACUCAAUUUCCAGCAGAUUCAUUGUGUAUUCUGCCACCAGAAAUCAUCACUGAAAUCCUCUUCAGGCUUCCUGUAAAGUCUCUGUUGAAGUUCAGGUCUGUUUCGAAAUCUUGGCUUACUUUAAUCUCUAGCCUUGAAUUUAUCGACACCCAUCUCAGUUUAUCAGCCGAUAAGGAAGAGAUGCUCCAUUUGAUUAUUUUGAAUGAUCUCGAUUUUGGAGAUAAGUGGUGUUUCAAAGGAUGUCCUGUUGCAUCUUUAUUUAAUGACUCUGUUACUCGGGCUGUUGACUUGAGUUAUCCCAUUGAAGACGACAGUUAUAAGCUCAAUAUUGUGGGAGGUUGCAAUGGGUUGAUUUUACUUGCCAACAGGUCCAUUAAAUAUUUGGUUCUAUGGAAUCCAACAAUUAGAAAACACAAGAAUUUGCCUGAAUUUAGACCUAGGCGGGAAGAGCCUUAUUACGAUCCCGUAUAUGGUUUUGGGUAUGAUGAGCUCCAUCAUGAUUAUAAGGUAGUGUGUAUUUUUUAUAAUUAUACUAAUGAUUUUGUUGAUGACGUUGAAGUCAAAGUAUAUAGUCUAAAGAGUGACUCUUGGAAUAGUGUUGAGUAUUGUGGGGAGUCAUUCUUUAUCAAAAACAGUGGUGGUUUUUAUGAGGACACUUUGAACUCUCUCGGCUUGAUUGUGGAUGGGAAGCUUCAUUGGGAUAUGGGCAGAAAUAAAAAUAUUGUUUCCUUUGAUAUAGCUAAUGAGAAAUGGAAUAAGGUGGAGAAGCCCUCCUCCUAUGGAGUAGGAGAGACUGAAUCAUUUCUGUGGAAGUUGGGAAGUAAUCUUUGUGUCUAUACUGAUUACAAGGAAACUCAAUUUUGCAUUUGGGUAAUGAAGGAGUAUGGGGUUAAACAAUCUUGGAUAAAGAAGCAUACCAUCAGGUAUCCAAAUGAUGAUAAAUUUUUUUGGCCUCUUUUUGUGUCAAAUAAAGGUGAAAUGUUGUUCUUGGUUCGAUCAGAGUUCAUGAUAUACAAUUCAAAAGAUGAUUCACUCAGAUAUACAAAUGUUACUAACCGUGAAAGCAAUCAUGCUUUGAAAAUCUACAUUGAAAGCCUAGUUUGUCCUUUUUCAAGGGACAAAUAAUACUGCAAAAGAAAGCAGGGAAAAACUUAUAUCAAAACAAUCGAGUAACAAAUAACUUGUAAGACUACUUUCUUGUCAAGUGCUUUCAAAUUCUGUUUGUUAUGUAUUUCAAAUAUAGAACAGUAUUACGCGCAUGUGAAGGAACUCUUUAAACUAAAGGUAGACGCCUCUA